AUGGCAUCUCUCAAACCGAUCAUUCUUUACGGCCACGUUGGCGGCCCCAACCCAUGGAAGGUGGCCAUGGUCGCUGAGGAACUGGGCGUCCCCUAUGACUUCAAGAUCCUGGAGUUCCCAGAGAUGAAGAAGGAGCCCUUUGAAAAGAUCAACCCCAAUGGACGAGUGCCCGCCAUCGAGGACCCCAACACUGGCAUCACGCUGUGGGAAUCCGGCGCUAUUGUCGAGUACCUCGUGGAGACCUACGACAAAGACAAGAAGAUCAGCUUCACGGCCGGCACGCCCGACUACUUCCAUGCUAAGCAGUGGCUCCACUACCAGAUGUCCGGCCAGGGCCCUUAUUUCGGCCAGGCCGUCUGGUUCAAGAUGUUCCACCCGGAGAAGAUCCAGAGCGCACAGGACCGCUACGUCAAUGAAAUCCGUCGUGUGUCUGGUGUCCUGAAUAGGGUGCUGGAAAAGCAGGACUGGCUGGUGGGGGGCAAAUAUAGUUAUGUUGAUGUUGCCUUCGUCCCGUGGUACGAGGUUGUGCCAUGGGCUGCCAGCGAGAUCGAUCUGGAGAAGGAAUUCCCAAAACUGUCUGAGUGGCUGAACCGCAUCAAGUCUCGUCCUGCCGUAGCCAAAGUCCUCAAGGACAAGGCUGAGGUGAAGGCCGCUGCUGAUGCUGCUGCUGCUAAGAAAUAG